AUGGCAUCACGCAGCCUCCUACGCAGAAUCGCUCAACAACCAUCGCCAGUUGCUGCUUGUACUCGUGUCUUUUCCACCGCACGUCCUCUUCGACAGGAAGCUGCACCUAGCGACCUCGUUCCUCCACCCACAAGCGAAGUGAAGAAGCCCAUUUGGCGAUCGGUUGCCGAGUCAGCAGGACCCGUGACACCAUACAACCUGUCAAUUGGUCGUCUUUUGGCAGCUGGUUUGCAUCUUGGUCACUCGACAGCUCUUUGGGAACCAGCCACAUUGCCCUUCAUCUUCGGUACUCGUCAAGGUAUCAGCAUUAUCAACUUGGAGCAUACACUUGUCUAUUUGCGUCGUGCAUGCAAUGUAGCACGUGAAGUCGCUUAUCGUGGUGGCAGCAUUUUGUUUGUUGGUACUCGACCCGGUUUCCAAGAUUUGACGAUUGAUGCAGCACGACGAUGUGAAGGAUACCAUGUGUCUUCAAAGUGGAUUCCUGGUACGCUCACUAAUGCACAACAAGUGCUUGGUCGCCAUGCACCUCCGGAUCCAGAAAACCCAGGUCGUAUUCCAAAGACAUUCAAGCCGGAUCUUAUCGUCUUGCUCAACCCUCUCGAAAACCGUAUCGCUAUCUCAGAGGCACAACUCAACAUGAUCCCUGUCAUCGCCAUCACUGAUACUGAUUAUGAUCCUCGCCUUGUCACUUAUCCCAUCCCUGCCAAUGACGACUCUAUUCGUGGUGUCGAGCUUAUUGCAAAGGUCAUCUCCACUGCCGCAAAUGAUGGUGUCUUGCGACGUAAACAGCUUCUUGAUAAACGCAGCAGACAACACUAA